AUGUCUGCUCCCAGUCCAGCAGCAAGGAGCGCCAGCAUUGGGCAAAACCCUCCACUACCAACACCUACCCAGCCUCACAUCAAUGGCGUCACUACGGGCGGUGGAUCUAUGGCGACUUCUGGAGUCAGCGCUGGGGGUGUUAUGUCUGGUGGCGGAGGGGGAGGCGGAGGCAUGUCGCAGCAGAACUUGAAUCAGAUUGUCAUCGACUACCUCGCCAAAAAAGGCUACACCAAAACUGAGGCAAUGCUAAGAGCAGAAUCUUCUCAAACGGCUGUGCCUGAGACUGCUGCACCACCAGCUAUGACUGGCGGUACGCCGAGAUAUCGGGCGGCCUAUGAGGGGACCAAGAAAUGGAUCGAUGACACACUUGAUAUCUACAAGCCAGAACUCAAACGCAUAUUAUGGCCUCUUUUUGUGCAUUCUUAUCUCCAGCUGGUGGCAGAGCUCUAUCCUACAGAAAGUCGGGCCUUUUUCGAACAAUACAAGCAAGACUUUCGCCCCGAACAUGAAGUUGACAUCAGAGGACUAGAACGCAUCAGCCUUCCCGAGCACCUGAACGACGAUAAUGUGGGCAAGCUUUACCGAGAUAACAAGUAUCGAGUCGUCCUCAGCAACUUUGCCUUUGUGCAUUUGAUGCAAUAUCUUGAAGCAAGUGCUGAUCAAGGAGGGAAAUUACUGAUUGAUCUGCUUGAAAAGCGAUGUAAUAUCAGGCACGUCGAUCGAGCAGCGGACGAUCGUUUCAGCUUCGCCAGCCUGUUGCAAAGAGGGAAAGAAGUACAAGAUAUGCCGGCCGAAGAUGAAGGCAUUCCCGGCCACAAUCCAGGAAACUCUAUAAUCACAGACGAUCCAACGCAGGGCAAUAACCUGGUCAAGCUUCGAUUGGGAAGACUGCCACUCGACAAAGACCUCGAAGCUGACGUCCGUGGCGAUCUAGAAGAUAUGGACACUGCGCAACCCGCCCUUGCUGGUCAAGACAGUCUCGUCGAGACACUGGAAAUGAACAUCAAGCAAGAACCCGACGACGAAUUCCCGUCUCGUACCGAACUAGCCUACCCACCAUCCACCGCCCGCGACGUAGCAAUGGAAGUCCAGAAAAUCCGCGAAAACCGCGACCGGUUCAAGAUUGAAGCACGCACCGGUGGCAUCGGCCCUGGCAUCAGCGUGUGCAUGUUCACCUUCCACAACACCUACGAUAGCAUCACCUGCCUCGACUUCUCCGGCGACAAUGAACUCGUUGCAGCAGGGACCUCGGAAUCCUACAUCCGCGUCUGGAGUCUCGACGGAAAGCCCAUCUCAACCGACAACGACGACAACAGCAGCACCAUCCCCUCCGCCUCGCACCGCUUAAUCGGCCACUCCGGCCCCGUCUACGCGGUCUCCUUCGCCCCUUCCUCCGCCGCCCCCUCCGCAGCAGACAUCAGACCAAGCACGAAAUGGCUCCUCUCCUCCUCGGCCGAUAGCACCAUUCGCCUCUGGAACCUCGACAUCUUCCAACAAAUCGUCGUCUACAAAGGCCACAUCGGCCCGGUCUGGGACGUGGAAUGGGGUCCGUUUGGCCACUACUUCGUGUCUGGGGGCCACGACAAAACCGCGCGCAUCUGGUCGACGGAUAAGAUCCGCCACUUACGCUUGUUGGCUGGCCACGAUGACGGCGUCGAUGUCGUCGCCUUCCACCGCAAUUCCGCCUACGUCUUUACCGCGAGCAGUGACAGGACGGUGCGGAUGUGGGGGCUGACGAAUGGCAAUGCGGUACGCAUGUUCACGGGCCAUACGUCUGCCAUCACGGCGUUGUGCUGUAGUCCCAACGGCAAGAUCUUGGCGAGUGCGGACGAGAAUGGCUGGAUCUGUCUUUGGGAUCUGGCGUUGGGACGGCUGAUCAAGAAUAUGCGCGGCCAUGGCAAGGGCGGGGUGUGGAGUCUCAGCUUCAGCGUGGAGAGCACGGUGCUGGUGAGUGGGGGUGCCGAUUGUACGGUCCGGGUUUGGGAUGUCCAUGGCCCGGCCAAGGAGGUAGGCAAGGGAGUUGGGGUGGGGGUGGGAGUAGGAAUAGGAGUGGGCGGCGAGGCGGGGAAAGUGGAUGGCGCUGCUGGCUCUUCCACCUCGGGCGCCGGGACCAGUACUGCUGUUGCUGCGAGCGUGGGAGGAGUGGUGUCCGGCGCUGCUGGACCGAAGAAAAAGGGGAAAGAGCAAGGCGUCUCGGCCGAUCAGAUCAGUGCGUUCCCUACCAAGAAGAGUCCGGUGUACAAGGUCAAAUUCACCAAUAUGAAUCUCGUCGUCGCUGGGGGUGCGUAUUUGCCAUGA